GUUUCCACCAGUGUUGUGUAUUUAUGAUUGUUUUCUUGUCUUGACAAGCUUACUUUACAAGUUUAUAAUUACAUUACGUACAAGAAUUCCGUGACUUAUAGUUCGUUCGCGUUAAUAAUGCAGUAACCAAUCAAAUCGUUUCUAAUUGGAAAGUCAAGUUCACAGAGACCAGCUGAAGGUAUACUUUCUAAUUAGGAACGAUUUGAUUGGUUACGAGCGUCGCUAGGCCGGCGGAUACUGAUGAUUUUAUUGCCUUCUUAACGCCGAACGCGAACGAACUAUAGUUAAUAUUCUUCAAAUCAGAUGCAGCAUUCAAUGAGAACCUAUCGAAGAACUUCGAUGUGCUACCGCUAUUUGAACGGCAGUACAGCACCUUCCUAGGCAUAAAGAAAUACUCACUCAAGAACAACGAAAAGCUGAGGAAUCACUGGCAUGAACGCGUGAUGACCGGAAUUUCAGCUGGCAUUAAGGCGAUGCCUAAUAUCAAUGACUACCAUUUCCACAACUGUCGCACAAAGUUUCUGCCGUCUGAGUCGCAGGCCAACUACAAAUCAGCACAUUUUCAUCUCACACCAGGACCUGGCGUUGACUAUUAUGGACAAAGACCUAUACCAGAUGACAUGAUAUCGAAGAGAAUCAAGCCCGAAGCUCAACCGACAGCCAGUAAAAAUAAAACAAAAUAAAAGGCACAAGAAAAGGGACAGGAUUGAGUCUAGUAAAACAAUGUUUAGACAGUCUGUAAUUUAUAUCAUAAUACAGGCAACUUAAUGUUUACUUCAAAUAUGUCCAAAUUAACCAUUUUAUUCUUUGUUACUUCUCCAGCCAAGGCUCGGCUCGUUAUACCUACUGUUAAACUUAGAGGUUCUAGCACGAACACCGAAUUUAGAGUGACAGAAAAAGAUGUCUGUAAUCUUCGGUGUUCGCGAUAGGUGCUGUUUUCGUAAUCACAUUCAUACAUAUUUUUUAAUGUUAUGUCUUAAUUGUAGCCUAACGUUUAUUUAAAGUUUUUAUUUUAUUUUAUAGUCUUAUAAUUUGUGUCAUGUUUUAUUUUAUAUUCAAUCAUUUAUUUUUAAUACUUUUAUGUUUUCAUAAAGAAAAUACUGCUGUGAACUGUCUGUGACAUAUUUAUGCGUGCGGUCAAAAAUUAUAAUAUUUCGGAUACGUGUAGGAAAAGUUUAUUAAAAUGUAUUGACUUUAUUAGGUUAAUUACAACAUUGAUCAGGCGAAAAUGUUGUUUGUAUUUUUUUCUGGCUUUACUUAAUAUUAAUAAGCGGUAGUGUAAUAAAUUUUCAAUUAAAAUAGUUGAACAUAUUCAUACUGCCGUUUUUGAACGCACUUUUUUGACUUUUCUGUCAAAUGUCUCGGUCUCGGAAAUUGUUUCGUAUUUCGUAUCCAACCCAAAACAUGAAAAGAUUUAAAUGAAACAUUGGAAUAUCAACAUAACUUGACGAAAAUCAUAUCAUUAUGUCUUCGAAUACGUGCCUGUUCUGCCUGGGGCCAGAGGGCACGAAAGACAUUUUCCAUGAACAUUAUCAUGAAGGAGAGAAUGAAGUGUAUUCUGAGAUAUUAUUAAAAACUUAUAAUGUGACCGUACCACAAGACAUCCGAAACAGCAAAAUUUGUGAACAAUGUGUAACUGAAUUACGGGGAGCCGCGGAAUUCAAAAUUAAAGUUAUAAAAUCAAUCAACUACUUGGCGGUAGAUAUGAAAGUGAAAAAUGACUGUGAUGAUUUUGAUGACAAAAUUAGUGUAGAAUUUGAUGAAGGACUACAACCCGUUGAAAAUACAGGUCAAAUUUAUGUCAUAAAACUGAAUUCCAAGAAUAGCUUUUAUGAUGAUAACGAGAAGGCUUCUGUAGCAGAUGAGACUGAGGUUUUGGGUUUCAAUGAAGAUGGUCAAAUGACAAGUUUAACGCAAGAACCGAGCUUAUUGAAAGAAGGAGAUAAAGGUCAUGAAAGGAGUGUGCAGCAAAAUUUAAAACUACCAGAAUCACAAAACCACAAGGACUUAAAGGAGAACUCUUUGAAUCUUAUAUUUAACUCUAAUCUAUGUCUAUUCAAAUCUUUGAAGACCAAAUUUGGCUGUUUCGUCUGCAAAGAGGCAUUUCUAAAUAUAAUUGAUUUAAGACAACAUUCGAAAAUACACUCUAAUGCAGAGCUGAUAAAAGCUAAAUUUAAUCGCUUGAGAGGCUUGUCAUACCAAAAUGCAGAUAUUUCAAAUUUAGAAUGCAUGAAAUGUGGAGAGGCUUGCUUGGACUUGACUGUUUUGAGAAAACACCUCAUAGUAAACCAUGAGAUCAAAUUUGGUGAUACUGAACAUUUUUUAAUACCAUAUAAAUUACAGGAUUCCUUUGAAUGUGUUUUAUGUAGUGAAAAAUUCAACACAUACAUGAGAUUAUCCAUACAUAUGAAUAACCACUAUUCAAACAAUGUAUGCGAAAUUUGUGGGAAUUCGUAUAUAAAUAGAAUUAGUCUAAGAAUCCAUUUGCAAACGCGGCAUAAAGAAAAAAAAUGUAGUCUAUGCUCUGAUACUUUUUUAACGAGUUACGCGCGGGUUAGACACAUGAGGACACACCAUAACAGUUCCAUGUCAAAGAGGUAUUGUCUUAUCUGUGGCAAAACGUUUCUUUACACGUAUCAGCUGAUCGAGCAUAAAAUUUUGGAACACGGCGCGAAACGACAGUUGAGUAAAUGUUCUUUAUGUCCAAAAACGUUCACGAAUAUGCAGAAUUUAAAGAUUCACAUACGUUCCGUGCAUGUUAGAGAGAGGAAUUUUCCGUGUCACGCUUGUGAGAUGAGGUUUUUUACCAAGUUUGAUCAAAAAAGGCAUGAGAAAACACAUUUGGAUGAAAAAUCGUAUGUUUGUGGGAUUUGCGAGAGCAAAUUUAAGGGGAAGGACUCUUUGAGAAGGCAUUUUAAGCGCCAACAUGGACAGGCAUAGUAUUGUAUGAGCAGAGUACAUAAUAAUAAAUAUAAUCUGUCAAACCAUUUCCGUUAGCAGAGAAAAGCGGCAAAUUUAAAAAAUGUAGGUGUGAAGCGGUAGCGCCUCAUAGAAAAUAUCAGUGAAAGAACAUGGGUCAAUUCCAUAUGUCAAAGAUUUUUAGUCCUGUGUCGAAAGAUGGCAGGAAAUUUGGUAGACUACAAAAUGUACUUUGACAAUAUGCCUCUACAUUCCAUUCUUUUUGGCUAUAGAAACAUAAUAAAAGGUUUACUCAACAUGGAGAAACACGUACAAAGUUUGGUUUCUGAAGCUAGAGCAAUGAUUUUUUUCAACUCGGAAUAUUAUUAUUAAUAUCUGUGUCGUUCUGUUUUUUUUUUUGUUUCUUUAGGCGCUUCAAAUAUUCUAUACUCCGUUAUAUCUGAUAGUAAUAAAUGUACUGUAAACUGCAGAGAUAACUGACCCCACCUGCAUGGAAACUUGUUUGCAGGGGGGUCAAUUAUCCCUGUAGCUUACCGUAGCUACCACUAGGUAGAUUAUGAGUUGUGAAUUAUUCUGUAAUCGACUGAAAUAAAUCACUAGAAGAAUUA